CGGCGGCAGCCAUGGCGUUCACCGCCCGCAUGAAGGACCUCGGGAGGAAGUACGGCAAGGUGGCCCUCGGCGUCCACCUCUCCGUCUCCGCCGCCACCGCCACGGGCCUCUACGUCGCCAUCAACAACAACGUCGACGUCGACGCCGUCUUCCGCAAGAUCGGCAUCUCCACCGGCGUCUCCACCGGGGACGAGGCCCCGCCCUCCGCCGGCGGCCAGGAGCCGGCGCCGGCGCCCACGCGCAACCGGACCGGGGAGCUCGUGGCCUCCAGCGGCGGCACGCUCGCGCUCGCCCUCCUCUGCAACAAGGCCCUCAUCCCCGUCAGGAUCCCCAUCACCAUCGCGCUCACGCCGCCCAUCGCCAGGCUCCUCGCCCGCUGGAAGCUCGUCAAGAGCCUCAAGACCUGACCUGUGAGCCCAUCAUUGACUUCGAUAUUCCCCUCUACGAGUUCACCGUCGCCUAGCUGGAAUCAACGCCCCUGCUGUACGGUUGAUUUAGCUGUGGGAGAUUCUGUGAAUCAUAGUACAGUUUUUUGAGAUCAGUAACUUUGCAAUGGAAUUGGGAAGCUUCUGUCUUUGUGUUAUUUUCUCUUUUUUCGGAUGUAUUUUCCAACUGAAAUUCACUUCACGUCGAACGACCUUACAGUGUGUUAUAAAACAAUUGAAUUCUCAA